CGAAAGGUAUAAAUAGAACUUUUUAAUGCCGCAUCGUAGUAUUGACGUAAAAAGCGAACAAAGUGGAGUGCCGCUGCUGUAAAUUCCUUUUUUGUUAAAUAUUUUUUAAAGAUUUUGGGUUUAAAGUGUAGGUUCAGACAAAGAGAGUUUCCGGAGACCAGACGCUAAAGAACAUGCCGACCGAGUGUAUCACGAACCCCCUGCAAAGGGAGUUGGCGGACUCGAUAAUUCGCAUGGUACCGCUGGACGAAAUUCGCAUUUUGCUGGCGUGUGGCGCAAAAGUGAAUGAGCCGGUGACCCAAGGGCUUAUGCCCUUACACUACGCCGUAUGGCAAAAAUACUAUGAGGCCGCCCAGUUACUCCUCACCAGAGGGAGUAACGUCAAUGCCACCGAUGAAUGCGGCUAUAGUCCGUUGCAUCUGAGUGCCGAACAUGGGUACACAGAAUUCGUACGACUCUUGCUUAAAUCGGGUGCCAAGGUGGAUUAUCGGCCUGAUACCGGGGAAGAUUUCCCGAAAACGACCCACUGUGAUGAACCUUUAAGACUGGCCAUUAGGAAUAAGCACAAGGACAUCGCCAGAUUGCUUUUGGAACAUGGUGCUGACCCUAACAAACGCUACUUCUUCGGAGCGGAAAUUAAUCUGGUGAACGACCUGGACUUCUUGGAACUUUUGUUGACUUUCGGGGCGAAUCCCGAUAGUCGCGACAGAUCCGGCUUGACUCCCUUGAUGAAAGCCGUUAGGCAACCAAACAAUAUGGAGGCGGUUUUACUUUUGCUGAAACACGGAGCUGACGUUAAUGCUAUGGCCGAUCAGAGGCACGACUAUAGAACGGUCUUACAUUACGCGGUACUUUCGGGGAACAUCGACAUUAUUAAUUUAAUAAUAAAACAGGGAGCAAAGUUGAAUUACGAUGAGGCGUUCGAGCUGGGGAAGCCCAGCCCUUUGGACCUGGCCAUUUUGAAGGGAGACCCUAGCAUCGUUCAAUUGCUUAUAGUUUCAGGGGCAAAUGUGAACUGUAGCUCCCCAAUCAUUGGCUCGCCAUUACACGUGGCCUGCGCCGAAGGGAUACCCAACAGACACGACAUUUUACAAAUGCUGCUGAAAGCGGGCGCUGACCCGAACUUGAAAGUUUUCACCGAUGAGUUCGACCACAGUUCCCAACUGAGGCCGGUUCUGGUCGAAUAUAUCGCUAGCAACGAGAAACCGAGCUUAGCUGUGAUAAAUAUGCUGAUUAGAUACGGGUCUAGGGUGGUAAUGAAAACCCAGUUCCGCGACCCGGACGGCAUGUUAAACUGUCUGCAGAACGUCGUGUCGGACGAUCAAAUAUUCCUCCUUCUCCUGGAGUCUUGCGAAUCGUUCGAUCCCUGUAUGAUCCGCAGGAAUCAAGUGGUCACCCCGAAACAGAAAACGGCCCUCCUCGAACUUGCGAAAUACCCGUUGAACCUCAAGAAGCAAAUCCGUCUCUACUUGAGGAGGAUCAUGGGGGUGAAACUGUUUCAUUGCGCCAACGGAUUUGAACUUCCCACCUGUUUGAAAAAGUACCUUUUGUUCGAUUACAGUUGAGGAGUUAUUCGGGGCAGGAUUUUAUGCAACCGAGAAGUGAUCAUUUUUGUGAUUUUUUUUUUGAAGUUUUUCGGUAUUUUUUGCUUCUGACCACGUUAACUUUUUUGUGUGUGUGUGUGUGUGUACUAACCAAAACAUUAACAUGGAGAAAUCCCUAUUAAUAAUAUAUAUUCAUUUUCUAAUCAAUCUGUGUAGUUUUAUUAAUAAUACAAUUAAUUCAAAUAAUAAACUCACUACUUAUUAACUUACCUGCCUCUAUAACAGAAGCGCGAUAGCAGCGCCCCCAUUGACACUGAGAGGACAAAGGAAGAUCGCGAUAAAAUAAAUGCUUACUAAUGACAUUGACAUUUUUGUACUUGAUAUUUACCCUUAAGGAAAGACAUCAAUCGCAUAUUAAUUUCUACUAAAUGGUGUGUUUUUAAUAAUAAUACAACUAAUCUUAUUAACGUAAAUUAACUUUUGGAAUGUUUUUAAUAAAUAUUUUGACACAAAUAAGGUUUACAGUCUGCCAUUUUGUGCCAACUGUCACAUGACAAUGCGACGUUGCCAUUCUGAACCAUUGGCAACAAAAUGGUGGAUACUGAAAUACAGCUUAUUUACCCUUUUACUAAUAUGUUUUUUUGUUAUAAUUUGACUAAUCUCGUUGCUCUUUAAAGUGGUCAUUUUGUCCUAUAAAGCACAUUUGAAAAUUGGACGCACAAAAAAAAACAUUGUAAUAUUUAAGACUAAAAGAACUUAAAUAAUUCCUCAAUUGGUAUUAAUUUUAUUUAGUUUUAAUUAUUUUAUAUGUAGUUUUGUAUCUUUGUAUAUCCGUAUUCUCUUUGUAUAUUUGUACUGUCGCACAAUAUAUAAAUUAAAAAAUA